AUUUCUGCAACUGGGGGUGGCAGCAAAUAGCAAGAGAAGAGACUAAAGAGAUAUAUUGUCUUCUUUUCCCUCCAAAAUAUAGCAAUAUCCAUAAUUUCAGAAAACAAAUAGAAAUCAGCAAAGCAAAGAAAAGGGUGCUGAGGGUAUAUUAAAAGAUUUGAUUUUGAGCUUCAUAUUUGUACUGCAUUUUGCUCCUCAAAUUUGAUGGCCUUCUCUUUUUGUUAUGUUCCACAUAUGAAAAUCUAUAAUUGAAGCUCUGAGGAGAUUGAUUUUUUAGUCAGUAUCAUGGCUUAUGGUAAUUCCAGAUCCGUAAGAUUUCAAGAUGAUCUUGAUACAACAAAGUAUGCAACAAUAAAUGGAGAUAAUUUGAUUAAAGUGAAGUACAAGAUUGACGGAUCGCGAUUACCAGAGCUGGCUAGUAGAAAGAAUGAAAAAGAGGAUAUAACUACAGGAAAAUCCCUGAAGGCUAAAGUAUUAUCGAGGGUAUUCUCAGAAGACUAUGAAAGAGUGAAGAAAAAGAUACUGGAUCCUCGUGGACCAACAAUUCGUAGAUGGAACAAGAUUUUCUUAGUAGCUUGUUUAGUCGCUUUAUUCGUGGACCCUCUAUUCUUUUACUUGCCGGUGGUCCAAGAUAAAGUCUGCAUUGAUAUAGGAACUAAUCUGGAAGUUGUCCUUACAGUUAUUAGAUCAAUAGCUGAUGUCUUUUAUAUGAUUCAGAUAUAUGUUCGGUUUAGAACUGCUUAUGUUGCUCCAUCUUCUCGAGUAUUUGGGAGAGGAGAGCUUGUUAUAGAUUCUUCAAAGAUCGGUCACAGAUACUUUAAAAAAGGUUUCUGGAUCGAUAUCAUUGCUGCCCUGCCUUUACCACAGGUAUUAAUAUGGGCCAUUAUCCCUAAUUUAAGUGGCUCGACAAUGGCCAACACGAAGAAUGUCCUUAGAUUCAUUAUCAUUUUUCAGUACCUUCCCAGACUUUAUCUCAUAUUUCCACUGUCGUCACAAAUUGUAAAGACUACUGGUGUUGUUACUGAAACAGCAUGGGCUGGAGCUGCUUACAACUUGAUGCUUUACAUGUUAGCCAGCCAUGUAGGAGGAGCUUGUUGGUACCUUCUAUCAAUUGAGAGGCAAGAAGCCUGCUGGAGACAUGCUUGCAGUUUUGAGGAGCGAUCUUGCGAUUUUGGAUAUUUUGACUGCUGGAGGGUUAAGGAUCCACAAAGAAAUGCAUGGUUCCAGUCCAGCAAUAUUACAAAACAAUGCAAUCCUAAUACUAGUGAUUACCCCUUUGGUAUUUACAGUGAUUCCGUGACAGCUAAUGUGACGACUGCUCCAUUUUUCAACAAAUACUUCUACUGCCUGUGGUGGGGCUUGAAGAAUCUAAGUUCUCUGGGACAAAAUCUUGCAACAAGCACUUACGUCGGAGAAAUAGGUUUUGCCAUCAUAAUUGCAACCCUCGGCCUAGUUCUGUUCGCAUUGCUGAUUGGAAAUAUGCAAACUUAUCUCCAAUCAACAACUGUAAGAUUAGAGGAAUGGAGAAUCAGGAGAACUGACACAGAACAAUGGAUGCAUCAUAGGCAAUUACCUCAAGAACUAAGACAGUCUGUACGGAAGUAUGAUCAAUACAAAUGGGUGGCUACAAGAGGAGUCGAUGAGGAAGCUCUUCUCAAAGGACUUCCUUUAGAUCUCCGUAGAGAUAUCAAGCGCCAUUUGUGCUAUGAUUUAGUUCGAAGGGUUCCUCUGUUUGAUCAAAUGGAUGAAAGGAUGCUGGAUGCAAUAUGUGAGAGGCUAAAACCUGCUUUAUGUACACAAGGCACUUGUCUUGUGCGCGAGGGUGAUCCUGUCAACGAAAUGCUCUUCAUAAUUCGAGGGAAUCUUGAUUCUCACACCACCAAUGGUGGUCGUACUGGUUUCUUCAAUUCUUGUCGUAUUGGUCCAGGCGACUUCUGUGGUGAGGAACUGCUAACGUGGGCACUCGAUCCACGUCCAGGUGUGAUUCUUCCAUCAUCCACUAGGACAGUAAAAGCAGUUUCUGAAGUAGAGUCAUUCGCGCUUGUAGCAGAGGACUUAAAGUUUGUCGCAUCACAGUUCCGGAGGCUACAUAGCAAACAAUUAAGGCACAAAUUCAGGUUCUAC